GACUUAGAACUCAGAGAGACAGGGUGGGGCCAAGGCUCAAGCGUUAAAAAUCACCACCGAGCAAGCCUCCUCGCAGCAGUAAAGAGGUUGUUCAACAUACCAUCAAGAUGUCUCUUUCUAGUAAGUUGACUCUGGACAAAGUAGAUGUUAAGGGGAAAAGAGUCAUCAUGAGAGUAGACUUUAACGUUCCUAUGAAGAACAACCAAAUCACCAACAACCAGAGAAUCAAGGCCGCCAUCCCAAGCAUCAAGCACUGUCUGGAAAAGGGAGCCAAGUCCGUAGUUCUUAUGAGUCACCUUGGCCGGCCUGACGGUGUCCCUAUGCCAGACAAAUAUUCCUUAGAGCCUGUUGCUGCUGAGCUCAAAUCCAUGCUGGGCAAGGAUGUUUUGUUCCUGAAGGACUGUGUGGGUGCUGAAGUAGAGAAAGCUUGUGCCAAUCCAGAUAAUGGGUCUGUCAUCCUUUUGGAGAACCUGCGCUUUCACGUGGAGGAAGAAGGCAAGGGUCAGGAUUCUUCUGGAAAAAAGGUUGUCGCUGAGCCAGCUAAAGUAGAAGCCUUCAGAGCAUCACUGUCGAAACUUGGUGAUAUCUAUGUCAACGAUGCUUUUGGCACUGCACACCGGGCCCACAGUUCCAUGGUGGGAGUAAAUUUGCCCCAGAAGGCAUCUGGGUUCCUCAUGAAGAAGGAACUAGAUUACUUUGCCAAGGUCUUAGAAAACCCAGAGAAACCCUUCCUGGCUAUCCUUGGUGGAGCCAAAGUGACAGAUAAGAUUCAACUCAUCAAAAACAUGUUAGACAAAGUCAACUUCAUGAUUAUUGGAGGUGGGAUGGCUUACACCUUCCUGAAGGAACUCAAGAACAUGGAGAUUGGUGCUUCCUUAUAUGAUGAAGAGGGAGCCAAAAUUGUCAAAGAGAUCAUGGCCAAAGCAGAAAAGAACGGUGUAAAGAUAACCUUUCCUGUUGACUUUGUAACCGCUGACAAGUUUGAUGAGCAUGCAAAAGUUGGACAAGCCACUCUAGAAUCUGGCAUACCAUCUGGCUGGAUGGGUUUGGACUGUGGUCCUGAGAGCAUUAAAAACAAUGCUCAAAUUGUGGCCCAGGCAAAGCUUAUUAUUUGGAAUGGACCUAUGGGGGUAUUUGAAUGGGAUGCCUUUGCUAAGGGAACCAAAGCCCUCAUGGAUGAAGUUGUAAAGGCCACCUCCAAGGGCUGUGUCACCAUUAUAGGGGGUGGAGAUACUGCUACUUGCUGUGCCAAAUGGGACACUGAAAAUAAGGUCAGCCAUGUGAGCACUGGAGGUGGGGCUAGUCUCGAGCUGCUAGAAGGUAAAGUCCUUCCUGGGGUGGAGGCCCUGAGCAACAUGUAAUUGUCAAAGUGCUCUUGCUUCCUAUUUCCAGUAUGGAGUCCUGAAUCCAACUUAGUGACUUUACAUCUGAAGUUAACUUUGGUUAAUGUCUACUCUGUAUCAAGCCCCAGGUAAUGAGCAAGCAGUGUGCCAUCAGUACAACAUGAGCACAUCUUGCUAAUUCUGCCAUGCUUUUGUUACUCUCUUCAAGAUCUCAUCAGGACUUGCCAUUGUUCUUCAUAAGGAGGAAACAUUCUCAUGUCACCUAUUAAAGAAGUGAGGCGAAUCA